GGAGGCUCUUCUGAGGCUGCUGCCAGUGGUCAAAGCCUCCGACAAAGCCCUACUAAGUGGCUGUAACCUCUCACAGAGAAGCUGUAAAGCUCUGUCCUCAGUUCUCAGCUCCAUGUCCUCUUUUCUGAAAGAGCUGGACCUGACUUACAAUGACCUGCAGGAUUCAGGCGUGAAGUUUCUGUCUGCUGCGCUACAGAGUCCACAUUGUACACUGGAAACUCUCAGAUUGGGGAGCUGUAGUUUGUCAGAGAUCAGCUGUGAUUAUCUGGCAGCAGCACUGAAGUCCAACCCCUCCCAUCUGAGAGAGCUGGACCUGAACACCAACAACCUGCGGGAUUCAGGAGUGAAACAGCUGUGUGGUUUUCUGGAGAGUUCAGGAUGUGGACUCAAAACUCUGAGUCUGUCAGGCUGUCUGAUCACAGAGGAAGGCUGUAUGUCUCUGGUCUCAGCUCUGAACUCCAACCCCUCCCAUCUAAGAAAGCUGGACCUGAGCUACAAUCAUCCAGGAGGCUCAGGAAUGAAGCUGCUGUCGGCUGGAUUGAAGGAUCCACGUUGGAGACUGGACACUCUCAGGGUGCAGCCUAUGAGGGCCCUGAGUCGUGAGGGAUGCUCUGCAAUGUCUGGACAUAGCCAGCAGCUGUUUGACGCCUCUGCACCUCCUGAAGCUCCAUUGUUCCACUGA